UCGUCAGGCUGGCUACGCCGGCCACAGGCAAGUAGCUACCCUUCGUAUGGCUGUAUGUAAGUAACGUACCAUAUAUUUAAAGUACCGUUCUUUCUUUUUAUACAAUCCUAAUUAUCAUACAUCAAAGAUGAUAAAAGCAUUGCGUGUUAGUUUCUUUGUUAUAUGAAGUGCGGAAGCGUAAAGCACUGAAGAAUUUGUCAUCUUAUCAUCGUCUAAGCUCUUACUCGCUUCGUAAUAGAGAAAAAUCACACGAUGUCUUGGGUAUUUCAUCGAUGGUUCGUUUUAUGUGGCGUGUCAUUGUUGGUGAUUAAAGGUUGUCGCUGUUUUUUUCUGAGACACACCAGUUCUGAAAAGUGUCUUGCCUCUGAAAAAGUCCCUUGGAGGAUAAAUCCUUACGGGCAUGUAUAUUGGGCUGAGCUAUUGGAUUGCUUGGAUUUUAGUGCUGAAUUACGAUAUUUACGGGAUACAGAGGUGCUCCACAACAUAGCGAGGAACGGCUCGCUCAUGUUUGUCGAUGGCAGUGUUUACCAACAACGCAUGGUCGCUUAUGACGCCAACCCGACAAAGCUUCCAACUUGGGAAAGUGAUCCUCGACAUAGCAUGAGACAAAAAGCUGCUGGAUCUUUAUUUUUCUACGAUAGCAAGACUGACUCAUGUGCUCAGCCUGAUGAUAAUAAGAAAUUUAUCAAGCGGAAAAAGAAUGGGUGCGACGAUACGGAAGAACAACAAAAGUUCACUUUUGGUUCAGUGACGCAGUUUGGCGACAAAAUGAAAGAUGUUCAUUGUUCUCCAUAUACAACGUAUGCUGAUCCACAAAGCUCAUUAUGGUGAUUUCAAUAAUAGCGGGACAUUUAAUGCGAAUGCAGCUAUUGAUAUCCAGUGUAGUGGAUUGACAAGUUGUCAGGUGAAACCUCUUUGCGGUGGAAACAGAUCUUGUGAAUUGACCGUUGACAAUAAUUUACUGUCACCAUUUUGUUCUGAUACCACAAAACAACUUUAUAUCGAGUACACUUGUGUGGACAACUAUCCUAACCCUAUAACAACAGCGUUUAACAUAAGACUAUCAAAGUCGCCCAACGAAGGUUUCAUUGAAGUGAAGAAUGACACAACGUGGAGAAAAGUUAUUGAGGAAAAUUGGGAUAAAGAUCGUCAAAAAAUGUUGUGUGAACACUUGGGAUUUGGCGAAACGAGCGCUAAUACUAUUAGAAACAUGGAGAUAACUGCAAAUGAAGAAAUUGCAUCUGGAGAUUUGGUGUGUUAUAACACAGGAUCUGGUGGAACAUCCUGUUGUGUCCAUCUUGUUCCCUCUACAACCACUGCAAAGGUUGACACAACAUAUGCUGAGUGUAAGAUUUGUGACAAUCAGUUACUAAACGACGAAAGUACUUUUCCUGAUAACAUAUUUCGUGGCAAUGGAGGUAAUAGUUUUCACGAAGCAAGGUUUACUAAAGGUGGAUGGUGUUCCUCGACGCCUGGCUCAUAUCUUACCAUCGACCUUCAAAAAGAAUAUCACAUAACACGAGUUUCAGUCAUGGGUGAUAAAGAUCAGACAAAGUGGAGUGGAUCAUAUUCAUUGAAAUACAGCCAUGAUGAAAGUUUGGUGGAUAGCAGUCGUGUAGUACAGAUUUUAGGAAACCAGAACGGUUAUCAAGCAUUGACUACAGACGUUGAUAUAUAUAAUGCGAGAUUUCUGAAGAUAGAAUCAACUGGAACUGCAGAUUUUUGUCUCAGAAUAGAACUGUGUGGACUGGCCCAAAAGCCAGCUUCUGUUUCCGACAUUCAAAUCACGACUUUCGAGAGAUCAGCUCGUGUGACUUGGAGUAUUGAGACCUCCCCAACAGCCUCGAGUUACAUAACAAAGCUUGAAAUAUAUUUAAACGAUAACCUCCGUAAAACAAUUUUACGAGGAAAUUCUUAUCAGUUUGAUAUUAGUAAUCUUACGCCAUUCACUAAAUAUACUGUUGGAAUUGAAGCCGUUGAUGGUUCUUCAGAGAGUAGCAGAAUAAAUAGAGACUUUGAAACUAAAGAAGCAGUUCCUAGUGGUCCUCCACUGGAUGUAAAGUUUGAAUCUCGCGGUAAAACUACACUACAAUUAUCUUGGAUGGAUCCACGAUCGGAUCUGCAUAAUGGAAUACUGAGAGGCUAUCAAGUUUGUUAUUCCUCCCAAAAAACGUCAACUAGUCCGAAAUGCAAUGAAAUAACGACAUUGUCAUUCACCAUCGAUGAUCUUCGACCUUCCACAAAGUACUUUGUAACUGUUGCGGCUGGUACAAGAGCUGGUUUUGGAAUCAAGAGUGCAGAAAUCAAUAAAACGACAAAUGGAGAUCCUGUACAAACUGUGGCAAACUCGCCUUCAAGCCUGAAAAUAGACCUCAGCAAACCAGACAAAUAUGUUCAAGACGUCAUGAUAAUCGUGAAAACUGCUGAGAACAUCCUUAAACCGGUGGAAGAAAUUAAAACAAGUGAUCUUAAACCUUAUCAGUCAAACACUCAAGAUCCUUACAUCACUGCUUAUUUGAAGACUGAUGUUCUCCCUUCAUCGUUCGUGAUCGGUGAUGGCAAAGAAUAUAAAUAUAAAAACAUGAUCUACGUUAACCAACGUCUUCAACCAAACUCAAGUUACAACGUGUUCUUGAGAUUCUUUGAAAGUCAGAGGUUCUUUUACUCGACAGAAUGGAGCAAGAGUGUCAAAACUAUGGCAAUUCCUCCGGCUCCAGUCAUCUCAAAAAUCACGCCUACUGGUCGUAAUGAGUACAAUAUUUCAUGGUAUCAACCCUUGUUGCCAGAUCAGCAAACUGUCUUGAAGUAUCAUGUCAACUACAGUGCUUCGAAUGAGCCAACAGAGCGAUCGACCAGCAAUAAUUUCAUCAUUAUCGAGGUUGACUAUGAUAAACGAUAUACGAUUAACAUUCGUGUUGAAACUGAGGCUGGAAAAAGUCAGGCAGCUUCAAAAUCCUGGUUGUCUCUUUCAGAGCCUUUAAAGCCCCCAAAGAGAACUACCGACAGUUACAUAGUGAUACUCCGGAAACCAAACGAGAAGAAGAAUAUAAGAACGGUCGCUCUUGUAUUGCUGUUGUCUGAAUCAAGUGUGCCUCCAGCACCGGGUGAUAUCAAGAUAGAAAGCUCAUUUCCUCCAAAAAACAGAACGGAUGUCGCUUUUAUUGCUAAGGAGUUUAAUAUAAGUGAUUUUCAAAGUGAUACAAUAGAAAUAUCUCUUCAAGAGUCUAGAAAUAACAGACGAAGAAAGAGGGAGGCUGUUAAGAUUAAAAAUGCACUAAGGCCGAAUGAGACGUAUAGAACUGCACAAAUGAACACUGACGAGUCAGGGAAUCGUACCUUGUCAUUCUGGAGUGAAUCAUUCAAAGUUGGCGAAGAAGAAGAUAGUAAGGGUGAAAAAAAUGGUGCUUCAACUCCGUCUACUGCUCCAACAACCACAACAACAAGAAAGGUUAUUUCUGCUACUGAAGAUCGUGAAGGAGGUGGAGGUGAUGGUGCUUCAGUCGCUACUGCAGUUGGUGGAGCAAUAGCUGCGGUUGUCGUUAUCAUCGCCUUGAUUCUUGCUUUUCUCUAUUUCAGAAGAAGGAGGACGAAUCGAGACAAAGAGACGGGUUUGCAUGGCGAGUGGGAUGAAAAGAAAGGAAUUAGAAAUGAUAAUCUUGACGAAACAGACGCUGGUGUGUCGCCAGAUAAUCAACCAGUAAAUGCGAACGACGAAGGAAUUUAUUCAAACGAAGCAGGUGAUUUUGAAGAGAAACAGCAUCCAUCAGUCCCUGUCAAGGAGUUUGCGCAUUUUGUAAAUGAAAUGAAAGCAAAUGGAAAUUACGAAUUUAACAAAGAAUAUAAUGAUUUACCUAAAACUUUGAAUUCAUCUUGGGAAGUGUCGAAAAAACUAUACAACAAGCCUAAAAACAGAUAUGGAAAUAUCGUUACAUACGACCAUUCUCGGGUGGUUCUCUCGGGAGAUGAAAAGACAGAUUACAUAAACGCCAGCUACAUUGAUGGUAUCAAGGAAAAGUCAUACAUUGCUUGUCAAGGUCCUAGGACGAAUACUGUGAACGACAUGUGGAGGAUGGUUUGGGAACAACGUAGUUAUUCCAUUGUGAUGGUCACCUCUCUCGUUGAACUUGGCAAGCCAAAAUGUGAGAAAUAUUGGCCUGACAACGGAAGUGAAAUGUAUGGUGAUAUUGAAGUAACUUUGAUGAAGACUGAAGAGUUUGCUUACCAUGUGACGCAUAUUUUGCGAAUUGAAAAGGAUGACGAGGAACGCGAAGUGCGCCAUUACUACUUUCAAUCUUGGCCCGAUCAUGGAGUACCUAAAUAUCCCACUCAGCUCCUGGCCUUCAGAAGACUUUUCAGAACGCAUCACAUGCAGCAGUCCGGACCUAUCGUGGUCCACUGCAGCGCUGGUGUUGGACGAACAGGUGUCUUUCUUGCAAUUGACACAAUCCUUGAAAGACUCGAGAAAGGUGUCAUCAAUUCCAUCGAUGUUUUUGGACACGUCUGCGCAAUGAGAGAACGAAGAAUGAAUAUGAUCCAAACUCUGGAACAAUACAUAUUCGUUCACGAUGCUAUUUUGGAGACAAUCCUGUGUGGCAUGAACGAAGUUGAUGCUUCUAAACUCCAAAAGGAGGUGGCAAAUCUUAGUGAAGUUAAAGCAAGUGGAAUGACAGGAUUUGAGGAAAAGUUCAAGAGGUUGGUUGAAGUUUCGCCAAAGCUAUCAGAAGACGAAUGCGCUGCAGCAUUGCUUGAUGGAAAUCACAAAAAGAAUCGCAAUAAGAAUGUUCUUCCAGCCGAAGGUAAUCGUGUUCCACUUCAGUACAUGGAAGGAGUGGAUGACUCGGACUAUAUUAACGCUGUGUUUGUUCAUGGUUACCUUGGUAGGAACUACUUCAUCGCUACACAAAGCCCACUGCCCGGCACGAUCAACGACUUUUGGCGGCUGAUUCAUUCGCAGAAAUCUUCCACCAUUGUGUUGUUAAACAACGUCAAAGAUGGAACGUCAUUCCCGAUAUUCUGGCCAACCAACAGGGGGGAGCCGAAGCAAUAUGGCACCCUGACUGUUCAGUUGGACUCAGAGAAAGAAUCAGAUGGAAUAUGGACAAGAAAGUUUAUCAUCUCGCCAUAUCCAGAUUUGACAGAUGGUCAAGUUGUGAAUAUUUUCCAAUACACCAAAUGGCCGGACCAUCGCACACCUCCCGACGCUAAUGGCGUCAUCUCGCUCACGUCAUUGGUCGAGAACUCAAGGAAGAGUUUUGAUCCAGCACCAAUCAUUGUCGCAUGCAGUGAUGGGGCAGGACGAACAGGAACGUAUAUCGCCAUUUCAAACCUUCUGGAAAGAAUGAAAAUUGAACAAGCGAUGGACGUUUUCCAGGCGAUUAAAAUCAUCAGAGGAAUACGACCACAGUUUGUUGAAAAUGCUGAACAAUACCAAUUCUGUUACAAGGCCAUGAUGACGUACCUAGACAGCUUCAGUGAGUAUGCAAAUUUUGAAUAAGCCGGAUAAACGGACGCCAUUUUGUUAAAUAGUAACUUUGCCAUAAUAAUAUUAUAAGUAAGAUCACUAAAAGCGAUCAAACCUACCAGUUUACAACGACUGUAAAUUGUCUUAAAACUCUAGUUUUCUUCAAAACGUAUAAAUAUAUAGUAAAUAAAUAUAAAGUCACAGUAUAGUUCCAUGAAUUCCUGUGUGAUAAUAUCUUUCUUGUAAUCAGACUUAGACAGGAUAGUUCCUAGAAAGUGUUGUUAGCGAUUUUAUUUUUCGAUACGACUUUUAAUUUUUAUACAUAUAGUAUAUUCUAUUUUUACUAAUUCUGAAAACUAUUUUUAAAAUAGACAUCCUUCUAUUAUGAAUGUAAUUUAAUUAAGUGAGAUUUAGAUUUUAAUCCAUUUGAACUAAUAAAUGCUAACAUGCACGAACACGUAGUAACCUGCUG